UCCUCCUAUUUUUUGGUCUAUUUAUGUCUUCGCCAGUGUAUAUAAAUAGAAUGAAAAGUUCCAUAAUCUUAAACCCAGCUUAAACUUUACACGAACAUUGAAGCGACAACACCAGACAAGCUAAGACAGAUCGUGUCCACAGAAGAUAAGCUAACAGACUCGUCAACCAAGUCAGGAUUUAACCCUCCCACAACAACCAAUAAGGAAGUUCGCAAGAAGAGAGUAGAAAGUGAAUAUGAUUUCAGGAGAAGAGAUUGCCAUCAAGACAGCGUUUUCUCUCUCAACGUUGACGGGAGUUACUGGCAACAUCUUGGUCUGUCUUGUCGUUCUUCUUAACCGACCAAUGCGAACACCCAUGAAUUAUCUCCUCGUCAACCUCGCGGUGUCCGACAUGAUGCUGUUGAUAUUCUUCAGCCCUGCUUUUAUCUUUCGUGGAUUGUUUAACCAUCCUAGCGGGACGACAGGAGAUAUUUUAUGCGCGCUCAUAACAGGAGAGACGCUCGCUUGGAUAGGAGGAUACGCGUCUUCAGUUUUCCUUCUCGCCAUUUCUAUAGAACGAUAUAUCGCUGUAGCCAAUCCUCACAAAUAUGGCACGAGUUUUAUAUCCAGCAAUCUAAAACGUCUUGUUGUUUCGUGUUGGUUGUUCACUUUGGCUUGGAAUGCGAUUGGAUUUGAGUGGAAACGUUACGAUCCCCGAACCGGGUUCUGCACCAUGACAUGGACGCUGUUAUCCUUUAAGAUAUACAGUGUUCUUUGCUUCACUGUACUCGGGGUAGUUCCUAUGACUACAAUGGCUKUGCUGUAUUCUCGGAUUACCUACAUUCUUUGGUUUAAAGAUCUAGUGAUGAAUCUCGACGAAGAAAGACAACAACGGAAGCGCAAGAAAGCCACUAAAAUGGUCCUGACUGUCACUCUUAUUUAUGCACUUUCAUGGUUUCCCGAGCUGACGAUUUUCGUUCUCUCGGCCUACGCCCCGCAGUCUUUCCGUGGCGAUAUUGCAUACCCAGCUGCAGUAGCAAUAUGUUCCUUCAAUGCUGCUAUUAACCCCAUCAUCUAUAGCUUUCAUAGUAAUAUUUUUCGUCGUCAUCUUAAAAAGUUAGUCUGUUGUUGUUGUAAAAAUGGGACUGAGAGUUCGAUGACUGCAAUGAGUUCGACUGGUUUGCAGAUUGUAAGAGAAAUUCCAUUUGUAUCGAGAACUGAAUAAGUCRAUGAUCAUUUAUUCUGAACACUAAAAAACUUCAUCGCAGCUUUGAAAGAUGUAAAUAAUGACUGACUUAUAAUCUCAGAAUCUAUAAUUUUAUACCUCUGAUAAAAACGUUAAAACAGUUUACGAUGUAGGAGUCUCUCCAAACCUUCUCAAAUUUCGUCGAAGUAACUGUAAAUUCCCAUGUGUGUCAGUUCGAGACUCCGAGCAUCGAUCGGAUAGGUUCGAAUACUACGUACGACCAUCGCUGCGACCGGGCGACCGAAGAAACACUUUAAUCGAUCGACUUGGUAACAAAAUAUGCCUUAAACUCAGCUAACGACCUUCAAAACUAUAUUUCAAAAGUAGUAGUAACACUAUAUGAUAYAUCAUUGUAGUUGAGAGAAAAAUGUACCAACAGUUUUUAACAAUUUGCACUGUAGUGCAAAUCAUUUUUUUCUGCUGUGUAAUUGGUUAACAGUACUGCACUGCUCAGCCAAUCAGAAUCAAGUAUAUUUUUCAUGUAUAUUAUUAGAUAUGGAAGGAUCGCUCAUUAUAACAUAACUUCGUGAGUGUAGUAAUGAAAUAUAUAAAUGAAUUAAAAUAAAAUAAAUAGCUUGAAAACAUAUAGGAAGUUGGUCUUUCAUUAWUAAAGUAUAAAUAUCUGCAUGUGCGAGAAGCAAAGGYUUUGCUUCGUGCACAGAAAUUUAUAGAAAUUGUUCCAUUAUAAGCGUAAAACAUGCUCAUUCAUUGACCAGGUUCAGCUAUUAGGAUUUGAUGUUUUUAGCCACAAAUCAAACUUGUCCGUCAGUCUUGUGUAAUUUCACUUUUCGCUUCCACUUCGAGUUAAUUCUUGCUAAUACUCCUUUUCCCAAUUUUUUCAACUUCCCGUAACUUCAUUCCUGGCGGUAAGACGUCUUUUCUUAAACGGGCAAUGAGUUAAGAAUGCUACAGUAGAGGGAAAAAAAUAUAUUAAAAGGUUGACUUUACACAGAAUAAACAUUGCUCGAAUAUGACGCAACUACGAGACUCCAAUUGCGAAAUAAAUAAACAGUAAG